AUGCGCCACUCACCACUCGCCCGACACCCUCACAGAACAUUGGUAACGGUUAAAGAUGAUGACUUCCUGGAGUGACACUCUACAGAAGUACGCGGAUCUCCCGGUCUGCAUGGAUGGUGUGGCCAUGAAGAAGUAUCGUCGUCAGGCUCAUCACAGAGUGUUUGUCAACCGAAGCCUAGCCAUGGAGAAAAUCAAGUGUUUUGGUUUUGACAUGGAUUACACUCUUGCAGUUUAUAAGUCUCCUGAGUAUGAGGCGUUGGGUUUCGGCCUGACGGUGGAACGCCUGGUGUCCAUCGGUUAUCCACUAGAGCUGCUCAACUUUGUCUAUGAUCCCUCCUUCCCAACCAGAGGUCUGGUGUUUGACACAAUGUAUGGCAACCUUCUCAAGGUGGACGCCUACGGGAACAUUCUGGUGUGUGUGCGCGGGUUCAACUUCCUGAGGGGACCUGACAUCAGAGAAAUGUACCCCAACAAAUUUAUUCAACGUGGGGACACUGAACGCUUCUACAUCCUUAACACACUGUUCAACCUGCCAGAAACCUACCUCUUUGCUUGCCUGGUGGAUUUCUUCAGUAACUGCUCCAGAUACACAAGUUGUGAGGCGGGCUUCAAAGAUGGAGACCUUUUCAUGUCCUACAAGAGCAUGUUCCAGGAUGUCCGGGAUGCAGUAGACUGGGUUCACUUCAAGGGAUCCUUAAAAGAAAAGACUGUUGAAAACCUGGAGAAGUACGUGGUAAAGGAUGCGAAGCUUCCUCUGCUCCUCAGUCGCAUGAAUGAAGUCUCCAAAGUUUUUUUGGCCACUAACAGUGAUUACAAAUAUACAGAGAAAAUCAUGACCUACCUGUUUGACUUUCCUCAUGGUCCAAAGCCGGACUCGCCCCACCAGGCCUGGCAGUCGUAUUUUGACCUGAUCCUGGUCGAUGCCCGCAAGCCUGUGUUUUUUGGAGAGGGCACAGUGCUGCGGCAAGUCGACACUGCGACGGGUCGUCUGAAGAUCGGCACGUACACCGGCCCGCUCCGGCACGGCACCGUCUACUCAGGAGGUUCUUCAGACAUUGUCUGUGACUUGCUCGGAGUGAAAGGAAAGGACAUCGUCUACAUUGGAGACCACAUUUUUGGGGACAUUCUCAAGUCCAAGAAGCGUCAGGGCUGGAGGACGUUCCUGGUCAUACCUGAGCUGGCUCAGGAGCUGCACGUGUGGACCGACAAGAGCUCCAUGUUUGAUGAACUCCGGUCGUUGGACUGCUUCCUCGCAGAGCUUUACAAGAAUCUGGACAGCAGCAGCAACGAGAGACCUGACAUAAGCUCUUUGCAGAGACGCAUCAAGAAAGUCACCCAUGACAUGGACAUGUGUUACGGGAUGAUGGGCAGCCUGUUCCGCAGCGGAUCUCGACAGACGCUGUUUGCCUCGCAGGUGAUGCGCUACGCCGACCUGUACGCUGCCUCGUUCAUCAACCUGCUGUACUACCCCUUCAGUUAUCUCUUCAGAGCCGCCCAUGUGCUGAUGCCUCACGAGUCGACGGUGGAGCACUCGCACAUCAGAAUCAUGGACACAGAGUCACCGCUGGCCACACGAAACCGCCACGACGUUGACCUUAAAGAGAUGGAGUGCAAACGGCACCAGUUAACUCGCUCCGUCAGUGAGAUCCACCCCCCACACUUCUUCCCUCAGGCCCCACAGGAGAUCACCCACUGCCACGAUGAGGACGAUGACGAGGAGGAGGAAGAGGAGGAGGAGGAGGAGGAGGAGUAGAACAGAUAUCCAGGGUUUCCUAUUUGAAUGUUUGAAGAGUAUAUUUUCUUUUAUAACCGAACUGUUACAGCUGAUCCGCUGACUGGCUGAUAUGUUUUAAACAUUCACUCAAAUCUGAACUUGUACGUGGUGGUGACUUUAAACCACCUGACUCUGAGCCAUCUCUUUAUCUUUGUUACAUUAGGGAGAUGUGAAGUCACUUUGACUAUUCCAAAUGUUACUUUGUUCCCUGUUUUUGUUGCUUGGCAGUCUUUCAUGUUGUACUAUAUCCUAGUAAACUGCAUACAGUGCACUCAGUGCGCUGCUAUGGCUCUUGUGUUUUCAGGGCAA